CCCGCCCUCCCUGCCCUUCCGCGCUACCCCGCUGGUUCGCCGCGUGACCCGCGGUUGCCCCCGUCGCCCCAGCCGCCUCUGCCGCCCCGCGUGCGGCUGUGGGUCCGGAGCCCCGCGGCGACACCAUGUUGGGCAUGAUCAGGAACUCGCUGUUCGGCAGCGUAGAGACGUGGCCUUGGCAGGUCCUGAGCAAAGGGGACAAGGGAGAAGUGUCCUAUGAGGAAAGGGCCUGUGAAGGCGGGAGGUUUGCCACAGUGGAGGUGACGGGUAAGCCAGUGGAUGACGCUCUGCGGGAAGCGAUGCCCAGAGUCAUGAAGUAUGUGGGAGGCACCAAUGACAAGGGAAUCGGGAUGGGGAUGACCGUUCCCGUUUCCUUUGCCGUGUUCCCCAGUGAAGACGGCGCCCUGGAGAAGAGGAUCAAAGUCUGGUUCCGGAUCCCAAACCAGUUUCAGAGCGACCCGCCGGUUCCCAGUGACGAGAGCGUGAAGAUCGAGGACAGGGAGAGCAUCACUGUCUACUCCAGGCAGUUUGGGGGUUAUGCCAAGGAAGCCGACUACGUAGCCCAAGCCGCCCAGUUGCGCACCGCCCUGGAGGGCACAGCCACCUACCGGAGUGACAUCUACUUCUGCACUGGAUAUGACCCUCCCAUGAAGCCCUACGGACGUCGCAACGAGGUCUGGCUGGUGAAGACGUGAGCCAGUGCUGCAGGAUCUGGGCUUGCGCCCACGCACUGGGUGGGCUUUGAGCUGCAACUUCAGCCCUGCCAGCAUUCCUUCCAAGCCAGUUACUGCCAAAUUUCUGAGAUAAGCCUGUUCAGUACGCUGGGGCUCUUUUUCUCCUGGUGGGAAAUACAGCUGAGAUAGGCCACAUCCCUCUAAUUGAUCUAGAAUAUUCUGUGGUAGACCAGGAAACCCCCAGCAGCAUUUUCCCAGCUAUCUGGGCCUCAAAAAACUUGAUACUUUAAAAUUCUUGAAUCUGCAUUUUUUGUAAUUGAGGGGGAAAUGUAAUUGUGUAAUCUUUUAUCUGUGAUUCUUAUAAGAGCUUUGUUUUAAAAAGAAACUGAAAAUAAAGUUCUUUGACUUAAACAGC